AUGCAUAAUGUGACUUCCACAUCUGGAUUUCUACUUCUAGAAUUUUCUCAGAACCGAGAACUACAGAUACUACACUUCCUUGUGUUCCUAGGACUAUACUUGAUAACAGUAAUUGGGAAUCUUUUGAUCAUCUUUGUAAUAGCCCUUGACCAUCACCUGCAUACACCAAUGUACUUCUUCCUCAUGAACUUGGCCAUUUCUGAUAUUGGCUCAGUUUCUGCCAUUCAGCCCAAAUCCAUGGUUAAUUCAAUCAUGAACAACAGGCAAAUUUCUUAUGGUGAAUGUGUCUCUCAAGUUUUUUCCCUUUUCCUCUUUGUGUGCUCUGAUUUUACCCUGUUAACCAUAAUGGCACAUGACAGGUAUGUUGCCAUCUGUAAUCCAUUGCAAUAUGAAGUUGUUAUGAACAAAGGAGCCUGCAUUCAGAUGAUUACCAUUGCAUGGAUCACCAGUAUUCUCUAUGCUGUCUUACACACUUCAGGCACAUUUUCCAUUACCUUCUGUUCCAAUCAUGUUGAUCAAUUCUUCUGUGAAGUCCCAAAACUACUAAAAUUGUCUUGCUCUGACUUACACCUAGUUGAAGUUGGACUUCUUGCGUUUAGCAGUAUUUCUGGUUUUGGAUGCUUUGUCUUCAUUAUUGUAACUUAUGUGUAUAUCAUGACUGCAGUCCUCAAAAUGCCUUCUGAACAGGGACGGCAUAAGGCCCUCUCCACUUGCCUACCCCACCUCCUGGUUGUCUCUCUGCUCAUGUCCACUGGACUCUUUGCCUACAUCAGACCACCUAGCAACAGCUCAUCUUCCCUGGAUCUAGUAUUUGCUGUGAUAUAUACUAUUCUUCCACCUAUGCUGAACCCAUUCAUCUAUAGCAUGAGAAACAAAGAGAUCCAGACUGCAUUGUGGAAACAAUUGAAUCUUAAGCAAUUUCCUGACACUAUUCCCAGGUUUAUUCUGAAAUGUUUGGGAUUUCCUUUUAUAGCCCUUCCUAGGAGUUGA